CGCAACCCUCGCUCCUCCUCAUCCCACACACUUCCCCCAUCCACUCCCCCCCCCUUCUGAACCAUCAACCGCUCACUAGAUACCACAGCUGAGAUCUAGCCAUCGUGCAUCAGCCCUGUCCCUUGGGUCGCUCUGCACAAACGCCCUAUUACUCUCUCGAGAACAGUGGAUUAGGGGGUCAUCGAAGAUGGGGGAGGCCCCGAGAUGUCGACGCUUGAAUCCGAGAGAAUUGAACUAGUUCGAGGCUUACUAGUAGACUCACCCUCGCAUUCGCUCACUCAUAUUCAGGUUUAGGGAAAAGGUACCGUAGUCUGCCUCGCACUAACAUCGUCAUGCCUCGGUAUUCUCGAGCAAAUACAGUUUGUCCAUUGCACGCUAUCAUAGUUUGCGCUUCUCGCUUACUCUCUCUUCUCUUCUCACGCUGCCCAGCCGAUUCAAGAGGCGAUCCGCCCGGCGUCACUCCUUGACACCCGUUGCCGCGAUGAUGUUUUCUCAUCGCAGCCUCUGACAGUGAGAGACAGUCACCAAUUUACAUGACCGAAGCUGAAUUCUAGCCGAAUUUCCGAAUGAAAAUAAUAAUAAUGGAACAAAGAAAAAAUUUACUGGCGCGGGGCAGGGCACUUUCGACCAGGAACCAUCAUGGAGGAAAGUCCCACAGAUGACAGGCAAUAGAGGAUACAAUUGGUGCUAGGAAGCAAGAUCUCUCUCUCUCUUUACCCCAUAACUCAUCAUCCCCCCCAUCCAUCACCCAUCAUUCAUGUUUCCCUGAUCUUAAUUCGCCCUGCGUUUUUCUUAAUCUUGCCAGGCUGUGGGCGGGAAUUGGUUUUUGGUCCUGCAUGCAGCGCAUAGGCCAUGCAGCAGCAGCACUUGGGGCUGUUGGCUCUUCUGCGUAACCUAUCUACGAAUGCUAACUAUUCCAUGUGUGUGCAAUGCCCACGUUCGGCACCCGAGACCCGCUUCGUGGGCGAGCGAGAGGGGGGGUUAGACGAGGAUGGGAUCUAUCUCGUGGAUGGUGAGAGUGUUUUGCUUCUUUCCUGCCACUAGCUGGAAAGUCAUGACGCUUCCGCUGCUUGGUGGGCGCGCAGGUUGUCGACAUCUGACACCACUCGCUAUUUCCCGCCUCCAUGGUUCCUCUCACACCUCACUUCAACAGCCUCACCCCCCUCCCUUGCACGGGUACCAUACGGCGUUAUUGUCUCUGCUCGGAAAUUUUCUGGGAUGUGUUCUAACUUGGGGGUGGGGUGGAUGCCCGGCGCGGGCAGGGGGUGUGCUGCGCCUGAGCCUGAGAUCCUCCCUCCACACGAGUGGAGGGAUGCAGGAUAUGAGAGCCGUCCUCGGACCCUCUUCCAGCAAUAUCUCUACCGUACCUCCAUCGUCGCUAACAUAUAACAGCCUCAUCCCUCCCUCCCAUCCACACUUCCUUCACCAUCUACUUUACCCUUGACAUUCGCUACAGUCACUACCACUUCCACUACUGCACCACACUGCAACUACUACCAUUACCACUAUUGCUACAUCUCCACUACCACCCCCUACUCCGACCCACUACAAUUUAUCCACUGCUUUUCACCAUCCACCUCGUUAUCCGCAUUUCGCACACAAGUUUUACAAAUCUCCCUCACGCACCAUCACAAUGUGUAUUCGCAUCACCGAACGCUUUGCGGUUUGCAACUGCAUCUAUUUCGUCCACGGUAUCGAUCAAUGCCAGUCGGUAGGCCGCCAGGGACACUCGGUGCAGGAGAAGACGGUCUUGGUUGGCUAUGCGUGCGAGAGCCACUCCCGUGUGUCUCUGCCCUCAUCUCACCUCGGUGUCCUCCCAGACUACACACCCGGCAGCAGCUCAGGAUACUCCUACCGGUAAACGUAGAAAGAGUAAUUACGAUGCUCAAAACGGACGGACGUUAAUACUGGCACCUUUACGAGAAGAGCUCUUUAUGAAACUUUAUUUUUAAAUCGGGAGCAUUGCAUUGGAUUUCGGAGUUUUUUUUUUUACGGUGAACCACAAGUGCUCGCCGCCUGGGGCGAAAGAGCGAUGGGUGGCGCACAACGAUAUUUCUCACGCGAGGACUUUACUCCGGCUUGGUCUAGGGAGCGGGAGUCCCGAAGACAAACACCCGAGCAGGGAUUGCAUUAUAGCGGGUUGUUUCUGUUUUUCCUUUGGUUUUCUUUUUCCUUUUCCUUUCUUCUGGGCGACAUGGUUUCUUUCCUUCUGUACCUCGGAGUUCAGGGCAUUCGUUCAGGGGAUGGCAACGGGACGUGCCGGUGGAUAUUCACAUCAUAGAUGGAUAUAGGGCUGCACCGGAGUACGCGGGUUUCUUUUUUUCUCGUAUCUGUAAUCUCAUCCGACUCGGGUCGGGUUGUGGGGAUUGGUGUCUCGUCUUUUUUUAUUUCUUACACCGGCGUACGGAGUUUUUUGUUUUUGAUUUUCCAACUACUAUCUCCACUUAAUUUUUUGUUUAUUAUCUGGCUGGAGUACGGUAUUGAUAUUACUAGAUUAC